AUAUUGGAUAAUAUCGUGGGCGUUUUGAUUCAAGGUCGUUUUUCGAGUUACAUACGAUUUAGAUGAGUGGUCUUAGUGGUGAUUUCAUACCUGACGAUGUACACUCUCCUAAUGACUGGGAGCAUGUUAACCUAGGAUCUGAGGAGAGGAAUAAAAAGUUUCUGAGAUUGAUGGGUGGGAAGCCUGACCGUACACACAAGGGGAAAAUUGUGAUAGGGGAAGAUGUAGAAAGUGUCCACAAAGGUACCAAGGAUCCAUCUGUAAUAAACUUGGAGCUGGAGAGUCAGUUCCGUAAAAGUCUGGAGAAAUCUACUACGUUCAACCGUCACGCUGGUCUAGGCUGCCAACAAGGCUCACCAUCUCAUCCAGUCCAUGAUUUAGAUCUUACCAACACGGAAAAGCUGAAACAGCAGUAUACAUCGUCAUUUGUUCCAAAAGGGGAUCAAUAG